UGUCGAAUAAACUGCAUGGUUCAUGUAUUUCAGUUUUGUCUCAUAUUUCAUGUGCUGUACUGAUAUGACGAAAACAUAUGUUCCUUACUGUCUUUGUGUAUUGUCUUUGUCGAAUAAACUGAAUGGUUCAUGUAUUUCAUAGCCUUUGUCCCAUAUUUCAGGAGCAGUAUGGAGUAUGCCCCUUUUCUUCGAGGUGAUGAGGAUGACAUUCCGUGGGACGAUGUUGUGCCGCCCACUCAGGAUGACUUCAUCGGGACGCAGAUUCCUACGUCCGAUGAACAGAACGAGUUGCCAGCGGCAUGUGGUCGUGGAAGCAGUUACACUAUCCAGGAGGACCUUCUGCUAGUCAAGUCGUGGCUCAACGUGAGUAUGGAUCCCGUGGUGGGCACGAACCAGAGUAUGGGGGCUUUCUGGCAGAGGAUCGAGACAUUUUACCACGAGCACAAGGAGUUCCCUACCACUCGGAACAAGAAGUCUCUUCAGGGUAGGUGGACAUUCGUCAACGGCAUGGUGCAGCGAUUCUGCGGGCACUAUGCUAAAGCCCUUCGUACUAGGCGGAGUGGGAUGACGGAGGCCGACACGAUUGCAGCUGCAUGUCAGAUGUUCCAGGCAGCGGAGAAAAGGGAGUUCACACUGAUGCCAUGCUGGGCCGAGUUUACACCACCAUCCGAAAUGGCAAUCAGAGUCUUCUCGCAAGAAGCAGAGGACUGCGCCAUCUACACAGGAGGGAGAGACCUCCCCCGGCUGCAUCGAUGGCAACUUGCGGUAAAAGAGAAAGUUGAGAAGGAACGCGCCGAUCGCUUUGCAGAGCUGUUGAGGAUUGAGGAGCACAGGUUGCGCCUGGAGGAGGAGCGUGUCCAACUGGAAAAGGUGAAGGAGGAGAGACAAAAAAUCAGGGAGGAGAGGGAGAUCAUGAGCAUGGACAUUUCGCAAAUGGACGAGGACCAGCAGGCAUAUUACAAGAGCCUUCGCCGAAGCAUCAUCGUAGCACGCCGAGCUGAAUCUGCCCCCUGA